AAUAUUCAUAAACAUUUGUACUUUUGUUUCGUACGAGGAUCUGGGAAUUUGAAGCACAAAUCCAAAUCACUCGUAUUUUAUUAAUAUCAUUUUAAGAACACGUUAGAAUUGUUGACUAUUUUGACAUGUUUUCGAAAUGUCUUGUAUUAAACCAAAGCAAGUUGCCGUAUUCCAUUUGCAAAUUCCAUCACCAAAAUAAGUCCAAGGCUCAAAUGGCUCUAAUCAAAAGCAACAUGAUGCAGCAACGUAGAGAGCCUAAUCCAGAAUAUCAUCAUGCACCAAGCAGUUUUGUCCAGAACUUUAUAAAUCACCAUCAGCAAGGCAAAACCAAGGAUCCCCAAGUGCACCAUUGGAAUGCGCGCUAUCGUUGGGCAGAUUUUCGCCGACGCAUGAUCUACGGUACCCAUGAUAUAUAGAGGAUAUUUAAUGAAAUUAACCCGAAUAUGAAGACUGAUGCCUUUAUAAACUAUUUGAAGCUUUAGAAUAUUUCGAAAAAAAGGCAAAGUUCUUAAAGAAGUAUCAGGAACAUGUUGGAUUUUUCCCCUUAUGCCCAAAUAUGCAAAAAUUUAUAUGUAUUACCUUCAGUAACAACCAAAAAUAGCAAAAAUCUAGAUUUUUUCAAUAGAACUCCUACGAGCGAUAUUAUGCUAAAAUACAUUUGGUAUAAACUCAAUAAACAUAUGGACAAUAAAAUAAAUUAUUAAACUUAUUCUAUA